GCCUUGAUAUCACGAAUUUUCAAAGGGGAGGCAAAAUUCCUGCUUAGAUUAUUCUGUAUCCUUGCCUUUCUAAUCACUGCAUUUUUAAUUACACAAUUCUCGUUACAAAAUCUUCCGUCUAAAUUUUUCCCUCAUCAACAGUCGACAUUUAAGCUUACUUUAAAUCAAGACCAACCAAACUUUAAAAAAAUCCAAUUGGACGAGGUCGAUUGGCAGGAAAUCCGUGAGGCCAGCACGUUCCAUAAUGCUACCUAUAACCCCCGAUUUUUCGUCUACUCAGCCUAUCUGGAUGUUAAGCAAAAUGUCUUGAGGGUUAUCUCAAUUACACCAUCAUUUUCCAGACAAAAAAUGUAUUGCCACAUAUUCGACGAGGAACUGCAGCAAAUCGCUGUUGUUCCUGGUAACAUAAGCACCACAAAAGACGGGGGUGGCUAUAAAUACAGCAUGGCCUUCAUACUUUGCAAGUUGGACAUAAAUCCCUACCUUAUCGAGAGUAAAUUGAUUAUUAAAAAGGCGAAAUUUGUAACUAUGUUACCCUUUUCAAAAGGAAGUAACUUAAACUUCACGAGUGGAAAUAUGGUUUCGAAUUUACUGAGUAUACCCGAUCCGGCCCGACAAGGUAUCGAGGAACCUCAUAAAUUUGGCGCUUGUGUCCAGCCCACGUUUAAUUACGACAGAGUCGCGGCAUUUUUGGAGUGGAUUGAAUUCCAAAAAAUGAUGGGCGUAACACAGUUCACCUUCUAUAAUAUGUCGAUUGGACCUCGUGUUUCGUGCGUCAUGAAAUCUGCAGCGAUUAAUGAAGAAACUCCAGUCACCGUAUUAAAAUGGGGCCCAGCAAUCUUUGAUAUUCUACCAAUGAUUCAUGCUAACGCCCAAAUCGCCCAAUUGAACGAUUGCUCCUUUAGGUACAGAGGUGUGUCAAAAUAUCUCGUGCUCGUUGACUUAGAUGAAUAUAUCGUCCCAAAUCCAACUUUUGCGAGAAAUUACUAUAAAUUGAUCAGUGUAUUGGACGAGGCAUGGCGAAAUAUGUCGAGAUCUGGAGUAGUCGCCGUGUAUCAGUUCGCAUCUGCAUUUUUUGAUCCAGAUUUUGGACAGUUUGACUCGUCAACGCUAGCCACUGAGCAAAUACCACGAUUUAGUAUAAAAGAUUUGCAAUUGUACCGCUACGUGACGAGACACGAGCCAGUUUACGAAAAUGGAAUACGAACAAAAUUGAUUUCCAUUCCAUGGAACGUUAUCGAACCGGGAUUACACUACCUGUACGAAGCGGUCCCUAACGCACAUCAGUACAUGAUUCCACCGGACUUUGGGUACAUGCAUCACUACAGGCGAUUUUUUGGUUGUCCUGCUAAUUGCGUUUUUAUCAGACGAGCCAUCGACACGAAGGCUCAUUUCUACGCCCAAGAUAUUUCAAUUAGAGUGAAAAAUAUGGUAAAGAAAUUAGAGAAAGAAUGCGAUAUAGGAGAUUUGAGAAACAAAAGGUAGUUAUGCCGUCGCGAUAUUAUGAGUUUGUGUUGCGUAAUAUUUAUAUAUGUAUAUAUACACAUUUGUAAUAAAUCUGAUACGGUAUCAGUGAUACCUUGAGUUAUUCAAAGACAAGUUUAUAAAAUACGUAACCCUGCGGAGGGCUGUUGCUUAACAGGUUGACGUGCGCCGCAUUUAAAUAGGGGGUGUAACCGUAAGGUAGGGGAGGAAGGGGUAAAAAUUGCCAAUGUAGCGUUAUGUACUUUAUGAACGUUUCAUGUGUAAGUACGUUUUU